ACACACACACACACACACACACACACAUUUUGUGAAAAUUUUUUUUUUUUUUUUUGAAACACGUACGCAUGUACCGAUUAUAUCGAUUGGUUUCAAAUCAUCUGAUUAAAAUGAAUAAACCGAAUGAUAAUACAAAAAUGAAGAUUACACAUAUUUUGUUCGAUUUUGAUGGAACAUUGGUCAACACUAUUGAUACAAUUGUCAAUAUUGUUGAACGAAUUGUUACCGAACGCAAUAGACAAAUGACCAAUGAAAUAAGAGAUUUCAUUCCAAAUAUGACCAGUUAUCGAUCAUUAUUGAAUGUUAUCAAUGAAGAAUUAAAUCUACAGAUAACACUGGAUGAAUUCAAAGUAGAUAUGCUUCAAAAACAUCUGGAUGCCGAUAUAAAAUUAAUGCCAGGUGUUAAACAAUUGGUUGAACAUUUAUAUCAUUGUCAUAUUCCAAUGGCUAUUGCUACAGGAAAUUCAAAAUCAUUCUACGAAGUGAUUUCGGCUAAAUUUGGUAAUUUUUUUCCAAAACAUUUUCAUCAUUGUGUAUGUGCAUAUGAUGAUCAAGAAGUGGCCAAUCAAAAACCAAGUCCAGAUGUUUAUUAUAUAGCUGCCAAACGAUUUCCACAACCACCAGUUAGUAUGGAAAAUGUUUUGAUUUUUGAAGAUUCAAUGACUGGUUUAAAAGGUGCUAUAGCUUCUGGUGCUCAUACGGUGUUUGUUACGAAAAAUUCCAGCCAAAUUCAAACCAAAGAACACAAUGAAUUAGUGAAAAAAACUGAUUUACGGCUGGAAACAUUGGAACAAUUUGAUCCAAAGAAAUUUAAUCUCCAUUCAUCAGAAUGAUGAUUCUGGUGAUGAAUUAGAAAAUAUAGCCAAAUUUAAAUGCUCAGAUACGUCCUAUCUGAAUAGAAUAGAAUUUUUAGGUUUAUGUUUUAAGAAUUUUGACGUAAAUAAUUUUUUUUUUAUUAUGUAUACGUUUCGUUAAACGUGAUAUAAAGAAAAUAAAUUUGCAAAUUUUUAAUUAAUAAAUUGGUGCUAAAUGGUGUUUAUUGUCUAAAAUAAAAUUUUUUCAUUCAUUGUGCCA